AUGUCCUCCGCAUCCAAAAUCUCCCUCGCCGCAACAUCCCUCUUCACAGCCGGCGUCAUCGUCUUCGUCCACUUCCAGCAAAAAGCCGACCAAGCCGCCAUGCACGCCGGCGUCGUCCGCGACAUGGAGCAGCAGCGUGUCAAGCGAGAGCGCCAACUUGACUUUGACAUGCAGCGCGCCCUCGAGGAGGAGUACAAGCGCGAGCAAAACGUCCACAGCUCACUAGAACCGCUGGACAAGGCCUCUUCAACUACGCCCACGAGGUAA